AUGGCGCUUCAAAGGGGCAGAAACGGUGAACGGCACGCUCCAAAAAUCGAUGAUGCCGCCAAACAGAUUUCAACCAAACGAAAAACUAAAAAAGAACAUGAAAACUUUUAUGUCGGGAUCAAACAAAAAUUGAGCAACAGUUAUGAACUAUCUUCAGAUAAUAAUAAGAACAUCUUCCAGAUUGGUGAUUUUGACGAUGUGAAUGAUCCACUUGAAAACGAAAAUGACCUCGUUAUAAAUAACAUUAUAACAAAUCACGGCAGAAUAUCAUUAUCAGAUGUGAACGCAUCCAACGAGGAGCGAGUUGAAAAAUGGAAAAACACGUCGGCUGCAAACGUGCCGCUGAGAAAUGAAAUAAUGCUGGCCGUAAUCAUACUAUCUGUUCUUGCUACCGCCAUUUUUAUUCUGGCGGUCAUUCUUUUAAGGUUGUGA